AUGUCCGGAAGAUUCCAAGCUGCCGCCCCAAAGGCCCCCUCCACACUUGAGAAGAUCACCAAGAGCCCCUUGUUCACCGUUGGGCUCAACACCGCCUACUUCGUUGCCGGGAUUGCCUUCAUCCAGUCGCCCUUGAUGGAGAUGUUGGUUCCGCAGUUGUAA